UUUCGUGAGAUUUCAUCAUUCUCUGGAGGUCGCGUUACAGCGGUCCAUGCUUCUCCGCAGCGCAGCGUUAUCACUGCUGAGGACCAGCGCUGAGAUUUCCUUCUCCUGUCGGCCGGUAACGGUCCGUUUGUGUCGGCUGUCCCAUCGCCAGCCGCUCGGUAGAAGGCCCUUUUCCACCUCGGUCUGCCUGCUUAAGAAAAAGAAAAAGAGCCUGUGGCUGCAGCUUGCGGAAGAAAAGACCAUGGACGGAAACAUUGAGGAGAUUCUCGCCCCUUUGAGGCUUGCUGUGAAAGAACAGGGAGAGCUGGUGCGCCAAAUGAAACAGGAAGGAGCUCCUGAAGUGGAUGUGACUAAAGCUGUAGCUGAACUGAAAGCAAGGAAGAAAGCUCUAGAAGCCAAGGAACUGGCAUUGCAACCCAAAGAUGACAUUGUUGACAGACCCAAGAUGGAGGAUACCCUCAAGAGGCGGUUCUUCUAUGACCAGGCCUUUGCUAUCUAUGGAGGUGUGAGUGGCCUGUACGACUUUGGUCCUGUUGGCUGUGCCCUGAAGAACAACAUCCUGCAGGCUUGGAGGCAGCACUUCAUCCAGGAGGAGCAAAUCCUGGAGAUCGACUGCACCAUGCUGACCCCUGAAUCCGUCCUCAAGACUUCAGGACACGUAGAGAAGUUUGCAGACUACAUGGUGAAAGACGUGAAGAACGGUGAAUGCUUCAGAGCCGACCACCUCCUCAAAGCUCAUCUCCAGAAGCUGAUGUCUGAUAAGAAGUGCGCCGCAGACAGGAAGUCAGAGAUGGAGAACGUCAUCACUCAGUUGGAUAACUACUCCCAACAAGAGCUGACGGACCUCUUUGUCAAAUACAACGUGAAGUCGCCGACUACAGGAAACGAGCUCUCUCCCCCCAUCGCCUUCAACCUGAUGUUCCAGACGUCCAUCGGCCCGGGAGGAAACAUGCCCGGCUAUCUGAGGCCUGAAACCGCUCAGGGAAUCUUCCUCAACUUUAAGCGUCUCCUGGAGUUCAACCAGGGCAAACUCCCCUUCGCUGCUGCUCAGAUAGGAAACUCCUUCAGGAACGAAAUCUCCCCUCGCUCUGGUCUCAUCAGAGUCAGGGAGUUCACUAUGGCCGAGAUUGAGCACUUUGUGGACCCAAAUGAGAAAAUCCAUCCUAAAUUCUCCAACGUAGCUGAUCUGGACAUCAUGUUGUACUCCUCCAAAGCCCAGACCAGCGGCCAGUCAGCUCACAUUAUGAGGCUGGGCGAUGCUGUGGAACAAGGAGUGAUCAACAACUCCGUGCUGGGAUAUUUCAUCGGGAGGAUCUACCUCUACCUUACUAGAGUCGGCGUUGCCAAAGACAAGCUGCGUUUCCGACAGCACAUGGAUAACGAGAUGGCUCACUACGCCUGUGACUGCUGGGACGCCGAGGCCAAAACCUCUUACGGCUGGAUUGAAAUUGUUGGCUGCGCUGACCGGUCUUGUUUUGAUCUGAAAUGCCACUCGAGAGCCACCAAAGUCCCCCUGGUUGCUGAGAAGCCACUGAAAGAACCCAAAACCGUAAACGUCAUCCAGUUUGAGCCCAACAAAGGAGCCAUUGGGAAGGCUUAUAAGAAGGACGCCAAGAUAGCCAUGGAGUAUCUGUCGGUGUGUGACGAGUGUUUCGUAGCGGAGCAGGAGAGUCUGCUGAAUGAAGCUGGAGAGUUCACCAUCGAGACGCAAGGGAAGACCUUCAGACUGACGAAGGACAUGGUCAGUGUGAAGAGAUUCCAGAAGAUGCUGCAUGUGGAGGAAGUUGUUCCCAACGUCAUCGAACCUUCGUUUGGCAUCGGUAGGAUCAUGUACACCAUCUUUGAACACACAUUCCACGUCAGAGAAGGCGACGAACAAAGAACGUAUUUCAGCUUCCCUGCUACCGUAGCUCCAUACAAAUGUUCUGUCCUACCUCUCAGCCCAAAUCAGGAGUUCAUGCCCUUCGUGAGGGAAUUAUCCGAUGCGAUGACCAAAAACGGCGUGUCUCACAAGGUGGAUGACUCCUCCGGGUCCAUCGGGCGGCGCUACGCCAGAACAGAUGAGAUCGGAGUGGCGUUUGGCAUCACCGUCGACUUUGACACCGUGAAUAAGACGCCUCACACGGCCACUCUGAGGGACCGUGACUCGAUGAGGCAAAUCAGAGCCGAGGUCAGCGAGCUGCCUGGGAUUGUUCGGGACCUCGCCAAUGGCACUUUCACCUGGGCAGAAGUGGAGAGCAACUACCCCAUCUUUGAAGGACAGGAAACCGGCAAAAAGGACACAACUGAAGAGUAAAGCUCACCUCGUCUGCAGGUCGCUCCAGAAAACGUCAGAUUUGACGCAAAUGCACCGCAAGGACAAUUCCUGCCACAGUGGUGGGCUGAGCCCUCGUACUGGUCUCCACUCUAAUCACUAAAACGUUGUGAAUUUAUCAAAUGUCGGAGCUGCAGAGAAGCUCACACGGGACUUUGCAUCUGUGUGUGAUGGUUUCAAUGUGUUUUAAAAGGAAGAAAAAUCUGAUCAGGUUGUCGGUGGAGGAGAAACUCCCACUGAAUAUUUAACAGUUCCAAUAAAAGCAGCCAGCACUUACUGGGCACCACCGA